CCAAGAAAUGGUUAAACCCCUGCGCAAUUCCUGCUCCUUCCCAUGGAGGAGCUAAAACCUCCAUGAAACUCCACCAAACCCCUCCUCUCCAUCUCCCCACCAGACCCACCUUCGAAUCUUUAAGCUCCCCGCCGCGCCGCGGUCCCCGCCAUGACGUCCCUCCGCCCCAAAACCCUCCUCCUCUCCCCGCCCCCCCUCCUGUUCCUGAGGAUCUCCCGCUUCUCCCCGUGGCCUUCCCACGACCCGCGUCCGCAUUCCCCGCAGAACCCGCCGCCGAGGCGGGACGACGACCGGUCCCGCGGCGUCAGGGUCUCGGUGUGGUGGGACUUCGAGAACUGCAACUUGCCGGCCGGCGUCAACGUGUUCAAGGUCGCGGCCUCCAUCGCCGCCGCGGUCAGGGCGAGCGGGAUCAGGGGCCCGAUUCAGAUCACGGCCUUCGGCGACGUGCUGCAGCUCUCGCGGUCGAGGCAGGAGGCUCUGUCGGCCACCGGAAUCAACAUGACCCAUGUACCAAAUGGUGGAAAGAACAGUGCUGAUAGGUCUCUCCUUGCCGAUCUCAUGUACUGGGUAUCACAGAAUCCUCCACCAGCGCAUCUGUUUCUGAUAUCUGGUGACAGAGAUUUUGCCAGCGUUUUGCACAAGUUAAGAAUGAGCAACUACAACAUACUUCUUGCUAGUCCGGAAAGUGCCCCCCCUGUUCUCUGCAGCGCUGCUAGUAUAAUGUGGCAUUGGAAUUCUUUGGUUAAAGGGGAAAACCUUAUGGGAAAGCAUUUUAAUCAGCCUCCUGAUGGUCCAUAUGGUUCUUGGUAUGGUCAUUGCAAGCUUCCUCUUGAAGACCCUUUUACGGUUACUGAACAGCCUCGCUUGGCGAGUGAGAUCUUGCCUCGCCCAGUUCCUCAGGCAGUCAUGAGGCAAAUUUGGAGAUUAGUAAGGUCAAAUCCGAAAGGCAUUUCGAUUACAGAACUGCGUGCUGAGUUGGGAAAAACUAAUUUGCAUUUAGACAAGGACUUGUAUGGAUACAAAAAGUUCUCACAAUUCCUUAUGUCUAUGCCGCACAUCAUAAAGCUUCAUCACCAAGGUGAUGGGCAAUUUUUGGUGCAGGCAGUUACCAAGAAACCUCAGUCAUCAUUAAACUCCACUGUGGAUCCGUCUACAAGGUCCAUAAAUGAAAGUGGAGAGGAGGGAUGCACAAGUUUGGAUGCGGAUGAUGAGUUCAUGCAUGCCAAAAGAGCUGCUGUCGAGAAAUUACCACCAUCUGAGCUGAAUAUGGAUCUGACUUUGUAUAAGGAACCACAUCGGACUUCUCCUGAUGCACGUGUGGCAGUACCUCCUAAACAGGCCAAUGAGCAACAUUUAGUUGAUAAGGAGACCCGUGAGGUGCCAACUACACAUACUGCAUUAUCUGAAGUCACAAAUUCAGAUGCAGAUGAGGAGUUAAUGCAGGCCAAAAGAGCUGCAACCGAGAAAUCACCACCACCUCCACCUAAUAUGGAUGUGACCUCAGAUGAGGCACAACAGAGGCUUUCUCCUGAUGAACCUGUGGCCUGUGCAUCUCAGCGAGAGUCUACAUCUGUAGUUGGUCUUUUCAAAAGGUUUUGGAAAAGAUGGUUUGGCGUCAAGGAUAGCAGUUCAAAUAAGAAUAAUGUCAAAAUGUCAGACUGCACUGCUUCCCAUCUCUCCAAAGAAAUGAUUAAUGGUGCACUUGAAGAAUGUUCUACUCCUAGCGAUGAUUCAGUUGAGGUAAAAGACAAAGAAAAAUGUCCGACCCAGGUUGCGGCGCCAAAAUGUCCACCAUCAUCAGUGUCAACUAGCAAUCAGUCAGCUCAGAUGGAGAAGGGUGCCUCGAGAAUGGAAACUUCGGCUGACAAAUGUAGUCCUUUGCCCGAUGAUACUGGAAUGCUGGAAGAGACCGAUAGUUACUCAACAAAGGGCAACAUUGAUACACUUUGGAGUGACGUGAAAUCAUCUCUGAGUUCACCCAAAGGAUCGGCAACUGUCGGCAAGUCUAAGACCAGAAGAGAAAUGGCACAAAAUCUGCAAAAGGACAGAGUGCCAGCUGCAAAAUCUCUCCAAGAAGAUGAUCUUGUCCAAUUUGUUGAUCUGUUGAAGGGGCAGAAAUCUGUUGAAGAAGACCUAUCUCAAAACCUGCUUUUUCAACCUGCUGAACAUUGUUCCCAUGCUUCAAAUCGGCUGAGCUCUGUCUUUCAGAGGAAUCCCUCAUUGCACACGGAAUUACAGAGGCCUUUUCAGCAUAUCAGCGAGAAAAACAUUCAGAAUACUGACGCUGGAGUUUCUCCCCACGUUCUUAAUAAGAUACCCAAUGACCAGUCGAGAAAUAAGAUCUUAGCUGACUGUCAGAAACUUGUAAAUGAGAUACUGAAGGAGUAUCCUGGAGGAUAUAAUAUCCACCAUUUCAAAAAGCUGUUCCUUGAGAAGCAUGGUUAUCCUCUUGAUCCACAGAGACUUGGUUGUGAAAAACUGACAUCCGUUUUAGAGAUGAUGGCCGGAGUGACAGUUGAAUCUACUCAUAUUUAUCCUGCUGGCAAAGCCUUAAAAUGUCGAAAGAUGGAAAGUGCCCAUCCCAAUGUUCAUCAAAGUGAUCCCUUUGGCUCAGUGGGUAGUUUGGAUAUUGGAUCGCCCAGUUCAUCAAAGAAGAAUGAUUGUGUUGAUUCUCUGUGGGAGGAAUUGGUGCCCGUUGCUGAUGAAGUUUCCAGCAGAACUGACCUUAAACCAGGACAUUUUACUAAAGGAGAGGCUGUUGAUGUUGAUUACAGUCCUGACCUCUCGGAUAGCGACUUUUUAGAAUUAGAAGAUAAUAUUAAUGAAUCUGGAGAAGAAGCGGUUGGAACACAGAAGGAGGACACGGUUCACUCCUCACCAUUUGAAGAAGUGAUCAAUUCGUAUUACACCAGCAAGAAAAGUGACAGUGAGAGGGACGAGUUGACUAGUACGGAUGACAUGUCUGAUUCUUCCUCUGAUACGGUGCAACCAUCCACUCCAUCACGAGGUACGCAGGGCGAGGCUUCCUCUCAAUGUAGCAAUGGAAAGAGAAGGCUUGGAAAGAGCUAUAGUUUUGUCGCAGACCCAGAUCAGAAGGUCGAAAGCAGGGCAUUUUAUGACAUUUUGGAUUGCUUGGAUAAGUCGAAGGAGUCGAGAAUGCAUGGCUGAAAGAGGUAUUAGAGGCUUUUAAAUGGACUAUUCAUCUCUUGAGAUUUUUUGGCAACUCUUUCUGGAGGAUCGACUCGGCCUUUUGGCCAAUGAUGAGUCUCCGUUCGUCAUCAAAUGCACACAUUGAUCUUGUUCUGGAUUAUAGCUUGCUCACGAGGCAAUGGAGGACUAUACAAGGUCUACUCAUUGCAACUUCUUUUUCCUUUUUUUGGUCGAAUUACUCAUUACAAUUUGAGUUUCCUGAAAAAAUCAUGUCUCACCUCCAUGUGUAUCGACUUGCUGCGCACGGCGUUCUGUGGUGCUAGACUGAAUUGAUCACGGACUCUUUACCAGAAUUUGGGCUUUCUGCUGGACCCGGUGUGGGUCUAGCAGAAGAUGGCCUAUUUAGUAUUAAGGCUCCGUUUUAUUCACGAA